CUAGACUCCAGGGUUAAUAAUCAGAAUCGGACAAGCCUGUCGAGCGAGUCCGACGACAAAGACAACUACUCCACCGAAGACGAAGAGGAAGUACAAUUCGAGCUAGACGAAGAAGCCAUGGCCCAACUCCCACAUAACCUGCAAGGAAUCAUGCGCCGAAUCCACCUAGAGCAACUACAGCGACUGAGAAUAGAGCAGCCAAAUGUACAGUUCCGCAGACAGCACAAGACUAGAACGCGACGGUACGCGACUGCGCCGUCUCGAUUCCCACCCUCCCAACCGCGGGCAUUUCCGAGUAGCUACCGUGGACUGGAAGGCCGAGGGUUCCCCAGGCUAGUCGAUAUGACAUGGUGCAAGUGUGCAAUUUGCCGGAGCGUGCGGGCCAUAGACAACAAGUGUAAUGAGCGCGCUCUUUACGGGCUUGGAUUGAGCGGCAUGGCGAAUUUCAGCAAUGCAACACUUCCGGAUUAUAAGGCUGCAUCACGGUUGGACGCUACAGGACAGGCCGGUGAGAGUAGACGUCGGAGCGAGCCUCUGUUGCAGAGAUUACGAACGAGCGGUACGCAUCAUGAAUACGAAGCGGAGGAAGAUGAGAAAACGUGGCGGCAGAAGGAGAAUCUCUACUCCAAGUUCUGCAAGAAACGCACGUCCACUAUGUGGAACCUGCGCAAUCGAAUGUCCAGGGGGUUCCAUACAAUGAGCAAGAUAUUCAGGAGGUGAUUUAUUGAUAAUGCACAGGUGGUUCCGGCGGGUUGGUUGGGGAGCUGUCGGAAUUCAAUACGGAUCACUUGGAAGCGGCUAGUCUUUGAUGAUGAAAUGCACAGGAGGUGUCAG